GGCAAGCGCACAGUUUACAAGGUCUUAAAAUGAAUGUUUAAAAGAAACUGACCCAAUAUUAUCGCUUCGGAAGAAGAAAUGAUCGUUCGCACUAAAGAACUUAAUUUUAAUCAGAUAAAAAUGUUGGUAAUAAGAAGGUUGAGAAGCGACAGAGACACGUGAGCGACCGCAAAGGCUGCUGGGAUCGCUGAGAGGAAAAUGGCGAAAUGCGCAGCCGGGCGCGGAGGCGCAGAUUCGGCUGCAGCAGAGGACGUCGCCGAGCUACAGAUGCUGCUGCACCCCGAACUUCUGUCUCAGGACUUCAUCCAGUUGAUGUUACAGGAGAAAAAUAUACACAUUGGGGAGGAUGUGAAGGCUGACCGGGACCGACUGACGGAGCUCUUCAUGCAGCACAUCACCCCAAAGCCGCAGCGGAAGCUGCCCCAAAGCCGCUGGGGAAGCAGGGUGGAGAGGAGGAGCCCCACACGAUCACAUGCACAUGGCUCUGUCUCCUCCAAUGAGAGUGGCACCCGGAAGAGGCAGAUGAUCGUGUAUGAUGGCAGCCCCACCAAGACGGGCGCCAUCAAACUGAAGAAGCCCGAGGGAGCUCCGGGAUCCGGCUCGAUAGAUCGCCUCAAGCCCCCUCCAUCCGGAAACUUUGCAAACCCUAUCCGCAAGCUCUCCAGCCCCCCUGCGAAUCGUUGCAGCCCCAACAUCACCACCAGCUCCGCCAGUCCAGCACUUACGAGCCACUCAAGGAAGGAGACGACAAAGUCACAACCCCCCCCAACUGUUAAGUUAAAACGGGUGGCGACCAGCGAGGGAGACUCCGACAGCUCGGGGGAGCUGAAGUCCCCAGAAGUGAAAAAGAAGAUCCAGCCCAUAACGUGGCCAUGAGUCUGCACUCCUGCAGCAGGGGAUGUAGAAGCGGACACAGGGUGGGGGACAGUCCAGGGCUUCUGGCUGCAUGACGAUCUCAGACUCUGGAUCGUCUGCUCUGCUGCCAUCUGCGCAUCACCACAAUGUUCAAGUGCCCUUAGAGUCCUGAAAAUCAGUCGCCUCUUCCAGGAAGUGAAGUACAUACUACGCUACAUCCUGUUGACCCCCAAGUUAUAUGUUCCAUUUUAUAAUGUCAGGAGUCACUUUUGUAUGUAAUUUUUUUUUUUAACUUAUUAAACGAUAGAUUUCUCCUGAGGCGGCAUUUAAAUGGCUCUGAUAUUAGAGUCUAGCCAGGAACUGUAAUGGAGGAUAGGAGUUGCGGUAGGAGUAGCUAUUUCCAUGGAAACAGUGUUCCCCCUCUGGACCACAUCAUGCUUCCCCUGUGGUCCAUGGGCUCCCCCCCCCCCCCCCGGUGUUGUGCAAAGAUUUGCAGUCCUGUCUCACAUGCUUGAUAACGCUAAGGCUUCGGAGUGGAUUGAGCGCUUGAAGAUUUGAGUGCUGCUUCAACUUUUAUACGGACUUAUGCUGUGACACAAGCAGCAACUAGCUCUGACUCCUGGAUGUCCUAGAAAAACGAGCAGCUGCUGUGAUGUCUCGUGUGGAGUAGGGGAUUGGGGAAGACUGUAGAAAAUACAGCAAUAGGUCAUGUCUAUUUCCAGAAUUUUGAGGGAAAUGAUUGACUGCUUUUAUUGGUUUAUUUUUGAUCAUCGGCAUGUGGUGGGUGUGUUUUGGAGCUGUACCGUAUUAUUUGUGUUGGAGAGCUGAAAAUACAUGCUCUGUAUGAGUUGCGAGUGAGAAAAUCCAAUAAAAAGACUGUCUGUCUCUGUCUA